UAGUUUAGGACUUGAAACUUAAAAACGAGUACUAGAUGGUUUCUGUGAGACCACAAAGUAGAAACCAAAAAACGAAGUAGAAGCAGCUACAACAUAUCAUAUACACAUCCACCCACACUGAUGGCUUCCAUGGCUUGUUAUUCUUGGUCAUCUUGUGCCAACCACAGAAUGCCACACACACUUCUCAUGAAGAACAAGUUGUCAUUUUCUACCAGGCAACACAUUGUUUCUUCUUUCACUACAAGUGGAGGUCAAGCCAGAUUUAUAUGGCUCAAUGGGUGCUCAUCCACCUCAAAAUUCAUGGCUUUUAAAUGCUUUUCUGCUAAACAAGAUCAAGAUGACAUGGAUUACAGACUCUUUUCUAACCUCAAUCAGUCCACUUUCACAAGGGACCCUGGUAGCAUUACAGGAUCAACUCUUCUUGUUGCUGGCACCACGAUCGGUGCAGGUAUCUUGGCAAUUCCUGCAGUAACUCAGGAUUCUGGAUUUUUGGCCUCUGCAUUUACGUGCAUUCUUUGCUGGAUGUAUAUGGUUGUAACAGGAUUACUGAUUGCAGAAGUAAAUGUGAAAACAAUGUCUGAACUAGGCACUGGUGGUGUGUCACUGGUAUCAAUGGCCAAGAGAACUCUUGGAGUUGCCGGAGUUCAAAUUACUUGCUGGUGUUAUAUAUUUAUUCAUUACGCCCUUCUCGUUGCCUAUGUCGCUCGUUCCUCAGACAUCUUAACGCAUUUCAUCGGCAUCCCUAUAUGGGAAAGUGCAACCCUUUUCUCAAUGCUUUUUGGUGGCAUUUGUUACUUUGGAAGUCAGCAGGUUAUCGAAGCGGUUAAUGGAGCUUUAGUAUUUGGUAUCCUCACUUCUUUUACAUCUCUUGUGGUAGCUGCAAGUGGAGACUUGCACUGGGAGGCUCUUUUGAAAACUAACCUGGAGGCCAUUCCAAGAAGUAUACCAAUAAUUGCUUUAUCAUUUGUCUAUCAGAAUGUAGUGCCUGUUGUUUGUACAAAUCUUGAAGGCGAUCUGAAAAAAGUAAGGACUUCGAUUGUUCUUGGCACUGCUAUUCCCCUUUCUCUGUUUCUUGUAUGGAAUGCUGUCAUUUUGGGUACAAUUACAGGUCUUGAAACAAACUCAGACAAAAUUACUGAUCCAUUGCAGCUACUACGAUCUACAAAUGGAACUGUUGGGACGAUAGUAGAGGUGUUCUCGCUUCUUGCAAUCGGAACUUCAUACAUUGGAUUUGUUUUGGGCCUCUCUGACUUCCUUACAGACUUGUUGAAGCUUCCAUCAGGCCAGAAUAGAGCCUUGCCUUUCGUUCUCACUUUAACUCCGCCACUGAUACUAUCAUUGCUGGACCCUGAUAUUUUCUUUCGAGCAUUGGAUUUUGCUGGAACGUAUGGAGUUUUAGUGCUCUUUGGAAUUCUUCCUGCUGCAAUGUCCUGGUCAGACAGAUCAACAAAUUCGUCUAUUUCCCAAAAUCUUCCAAUACUAGUACCUGGUGGAAAAUUCACCCUUUCUCUUGUGAUUGCGGCUUCUGGAUUCGUCAUUCUUUCUGAAAUUUUGGAGAACUUCGUACACUUGUGAUGAUGGAACACAUGCAAGAGGUUGAUGAAAAACGCAAAGAGAUCGGUAAUAUAUUCUUUGCUAUCAUGCAGUUUCUUCUACCAUCUGACAGCUUGACAAACGCAACGGGUAAUUUAUAAAUUACGCAGAACUGAGACAAGGACAAUAUUUAGUCUACAUAAUACGAAAAUGUUCUAUUUGUGAUUAGAUGGUUGAACUGCAAAUUAACAUUGCACUCCACCACCUACAUAGUAUUGAAUUCUAUUGUUUUACUUUAGCGCAUUCUCUUGUUAUACGAUAAGUUAUAUCUUGUUAUAUAACUGAAUUGAAUCAUUAUUUUUCUUAA